AUGCGUCAGGAUGGACAACAAUGUGUGAAAGACUCAAAAAUGAUUCCCCUCGUAGUACUAUUGGGGAUCGCAUCGUCAUUCGUCGUUCAAGCCGAGAGCCAAGAAUGCACCUCAUGUAUUCUCCUGAACACAACCUGCUACAAUAUUUCUUACGUUCUCGAUCUCCAAGCAAACUUCAGGAAAAGAGUAGUGAUCCCAAAAAUGGCCAUCUUGCGGUCAAAAAACAUACUAUUCUACAGCUACGAACCAGUGUUUGAAGACGAAGAGUACUACAAAAUUGGUUUUCAAAGUCUUGAUAAUGAGAGCUCUGUAGGAAUUUUAAAUAUAUUCGGCGGUCAGAUACUUAAUCUUGGUACAUUUGAUAUCGACCAAGACAGCAACUCGAUCUACUUCGGUGGAAGCGAAGGCAUUUUUGUUCUAGACACUAACUUAAACAAAAUGUCUUUUUACAGUAGUCGCGAAGAUAGCAUCACAAAUAUAUUUUACAAAAACAGAGUGUUCUUCACUAAGAACAACGAAAGAGGUAUCGUUUUUAAAAAGGGCAGUGAAUUUAUAACACUCUAUGAUAACAUAUUAGCAAAGAAUUUUGUUAUUACAAAAUAUGACGUAUUCGUGAUUUUACAUAAUACAGGCUUGUUUGUAGUUAAAGGUGAGGAAAGGCAUAAAAUAUCUGGAAAUGCAUUUUUUAGAGGGAUCACAAUGGAUUUAGAAGGUACAGUUUAUACUUGGUGGAUCGAUGGGAUUUACAAAGUUGUUAUCAAAAAGAACUUACGACAUUCUAAGGUAGUCAGGGUUGCUGUGUUACCUGAUAUUGGUGCAAUGACCUUUGAUAAUGAUAAUAAUAUACUAUUCACGUCGGAUAAAUCGUUGUAUGUUAUGAAACAAUCAAAAACAGGUUGUAGUGUUGGUGAAGAGUGA